ACCACCACCACAGCCAGCUUCGUAUGGCAGGGUCUCGCCAUCUAGAAACGCCUCGCCAUGACCAUCGCAGAGCUUCAUGCGAUGAACUUUUGGCUUCAAGUCCUUAUGACGGCGACCAUCACGAUGAACCAGUUGAUUCUCAGAAUCUGCUAGGCCAUAGUACUUCUAAUGUCGAAGAAGAGAUGGAAAUCGAACGUCAUAGAGAAAUAGAACAUGAUGCGUCGCUGAAAAGGCGAGCACUUCUUAUCCGCACAUUAGCCUUACUUUGCGCCUGCUCCCUGGGUGUCGGCAGUCACUAUGCAUCUUAUGUUCUAGGCCCUUUGAAGAGUCGCUUGUCUCGUGAACUUGGUACAUCUCACACCGAAUUUAGUUUGUUGCUCUCCGCCGUCACUCUGAACAGCACUUGGACUCCACUUGUCGCUGGUGUAAUGGCUAGUGCCCUCGGCACUACGUUCACUAGCAUCAUUGCCACCGGAAUCAUCCUCGGUGGUCAGAUCAUUCUGCUAAUCGGGGAGAUGUGGGGGAACAUUCGUCUCAUGGCGCUGGGCUUGUUUAUAUUUGGGUUGGGCGUUAGUCCCCUCGCAGUCGUUCAAGAGACUAUCAUUAUCCGUUUCUUCAAAUCACACAGCCUGGGUGUAUCUAUGGCAUUCGGUCUUCUUGCUGGGAAAGGCGCUUCCUUCAUUUCAGCUCGCACAUCAUAUCCCCUGACCGAACAUUUCGGUACCCGUGCUCCCUUCUAUAUUGCCGCCAUGCUAGCGGCAGCAUCAUUUAUCGUCAAUCUGGUUUAUAUUGCUGCCUCUAAGUGGUUGGUGGACGGCGCAUGUGCUGAACUUGAAGCUACGGACAUCUCGGCAGAAGCUAGACGUAGGUCCGCCACAAAUAUGACGGAAGCACAGGCAUUAGAGAAGGUGGCGGCUAAAAAGAGAGUCAAUCUUCGAGAUGUCACAAAAUUGGGUGAUGUCUUCUGGGCUUAUGUCGCUUUGAAUGUGUUCUGUGGUAUGCUGUGGGCGCCGUUCACUCAUCUUGCAUCGAAUAUCAUCGAAAAUCGGUACGGAAUGUCGGAGGAGGGGGCAGCAAACAACGCUUCUUUCCUCCUUGCAGGCAGCAUAUUUUUGUAUCCUCUUGUUGGAUUCCUGGUCGAUCGCUUCAAGCAUCGACCCAUUAUCGUUCAUCUACUGCUGCUAUCAUCGACCCUGACAGGCCUGGCGUACCUUUGGCUUGCUCUUCCUCCGGAGUGGACUGGGAGUGCUGUUCCAGCAAUCGCGUCGUUCGCCAUCAGCCAUGGAUUUUCACCGCUUCUUCUCGUUGUCCUAGUGCCGAAGAUUGUGUCACAUAAUUACGUCUCGACCGCCCUCGGGGUACAUAAGAGCUUGGAACAAACGGGUACCACCAUCUUCCAAACGUUGGCUGGAAUGACACUCGACCAACACAAACGUGGACAGACGAACAGCAAAUCGGCUGUUCAGCGUGUAAUUAACAUGUGGUUGAUUCUUGAUAUCGCUCAGUUCUUCUCCAUCUUGGGGCUUGCCUAUCUUCAGCGAAGGAAAGACAAGGCGGAGGAGGUUGCCUCUCUGUCUCGCAGCCCAUCUGCAGGUCACCCGGGAGAGGAGUCUGCUUUGUUGGGAGACAGUCCUCAUCAAAGAUACAUCUCAUCAUCGUCAUCCAGGAUCAGGCGAUCGCUCAGGAAUGAACUGCGCACGAAGCGCGAGUCCAAGAGGGGGGAGGUUUUUGCAUCCCUCGGUGCCGCCUCGGUUAUAUUUACGUGGGUACUUUUCAUGGGCACCGCGUACUUUAGGUUAGGCAAGAAACACAACUAA